CCGCGUCACGUGAGGGGUGCUCCCCCGCCGGCGGGGCGGACGCGGACGGUACCCACAAUGCCUGGCGGUCGCCGCGGCCGCGCGCCGGUGCCGACGCCGCUCCGCUCCGGUGAGCCAGUGCUUUAGUUUGUAAUACGGAUUUCUGAAGUGUGCUGCAGAGUGGAAAAAUUAAGGCUUCUGCCUGCAUAACGCAGCUGUCACAACCCUCAAAAGUGGCAGUAGUUGUCCAGCACUGUUAUAUACGCUUCAGAUAGCUCAACAUGAACUUUAACCGUCAAGAUCAUUUAAAAAGUGGACAGAACAAUAUUUUUCCUUCUGAGAGCUGGCUAGAGGAUUCUGAGUUUCUCCUCCAGUGCUGUCCUAUUCAUUACCUUUUCCUAAACCAGGACAUGGAGCUGUGUUCCUUUCUUCGCAUUUAGUGCUAAUGAAAUUCUUUGCUUCAUCAGAGGAAAUGCAGAUCCAUGAAAUUACAUUGUGCACAAGUUGUUGUUAACUCUGUUGGCAAUGUCUAUGAUUUUAUCUGCCUCUGUGGUCCGUGUGAGGGAUGGACUCCCACUGUCUGCAUCUACUGAUUAUGACCAGAGCACGGGGAUGCAAGAAUGUAGAAAAUAUUUUAAAAUGCUCUCAAAGAAACUUUCUCAGCUUCCUGAUAGAUGUACUCUGAAAACUGGGCAGUAUAAUAUAAACUUUAUAAGUUCUCUGGGAGUAAGCUAUAUGAUGUUGUGCACUGAAAAUUAUCCCGGUGUCCUGGCUUUCUGCUUCCUGGAUGAGCUUCAGAAAGAGUUCAUCACUACCUACAAUAUGAUGAAGACAAAUACUGCUGUCAGACCAUACUGCUUUAUAGAGUUUGAUAACUUCAUUCAGAGGACCAAACAGAGAUAUAACAACACACGUUCUUUGUCAACAAAGAUGAAUCUUGCUGACAUGCAGACAGAAAUCAAACUGAGACCACCUUACCAAAUUUCCGUGUCAGAACUUGGUUCAGCUAAUGGGUUCUCACAUUUAUCUGCGGCAGAAUAUAAGGGUACUGGUAAGAUAUCUGCAGCUCCCCAUCAGCGUCUGGAACCUGUGACUCUGCCAGGGAUUGUCUCAUUUGUGCUUAGUCUCUUAUGUGGGGCUUUGAAUUUAAUUCGUGGCUUUCAUGCCAUAGAAAGUCUUCUCCAGAAUGAAGGUGAAGAUUUCAGCUAUGUUAUUGCAUUUUUUCUUGGAACAGCAGCCUGUUUGUACCAGUGUUACCUGUUUGUAUACUACACAGGCUGGAGAAAUGCCAAAUCCUUUCUGACUUUUGGGUUAAUUUGCCUGUGUAACAUGUAUCUGUAUGAACUGCGCAACCUAUGGCAGCUCUUCUUUCAUGUGACUGUGGGAGCAUUUUCUACCUUACAAAUUCGACUGCGACAACCACAGGGAAAGUCCCCUGAUUACAAUGUGUGACAAGUUCUGGAACAUUUAGAGGCAGUCUUGUUCCAACAGUUAUUCACUCUCAGGAAUGUAAAGCUGUUCUCCAAAAGAAGAAGCUGUCUGGAUGGGGUGCUUUUUUUUUUUUUUUUUUUUUUUUUUUUAAAAAAAAAGAAGGACACAAGAGAAUAUGUGACUAGAAGAGGAAAAUGGGUCAUAUCUAUGUGGUGAAAUGUAUCUAGGGACACCAAGUUUGGGGAAUUUGACUGGUGGCAUAAAGAAGCUUCAUUCAAAAUUAUGUUAAUGGAAGGAAUGUAUAGAGUAUGUGUUCUGCAUAUCAUGCAAACUCUUCACUUCCAAAAUCAGUUUUGCCUUUGUGAGGCAGUACGGGAUAGGCUAAAUAAAUAAUAUUGAUGCUAUUGCAUAUUAGCAAACUAGAUUUAGAAUAUGUAAGAUACUAAAUUUUGGAAUGUUUUGUUUCACAUUGACAUAUAUGUGAAUGUUUUCUUAAUUAAAAUGUAGCCUGGAAACUCUGUUUCUGGGGAUCAGCUUUAUGGCACCUGUGGCCCUCUGUCUAGUGCUAUAAAUACUUUAACAUUUUUUCAUUUAUGAUUUCUGUUUAAUUAUCCCUUGAAAGAGAUCUAUGUGGACAGCAUUUCUUUUUAGUAAUUAUUCAAAAAGUUCUGCCAAUUAACCCAAGAUUUUUGGACGCUGUGUUUGAACUCUGGAAAAGGUUGAAAGGAAGUCGAUUGGUGAGUAAAUGGAGCGACUUGUGCUUGUUGGACUAUUGUUCUUCUUUUUAUAUACUUUUAGAAAUGGAUGAAUAAUUAGUUCAAACCUGAGAUAAACAACUGGUGACAGGAAAAUAAUAAAUCAGUAUGAUUAGCUUAAAUGAA